GCAGGUAUGGUAUUGAUUCACAGAAAGAUCUCUGAACACGACCUACCCAACUGCUAUGUAGGUCGUAUGAACGCAUAUAAUCAUGAUUUAGUGUAUGUGGAAACAACUGUGCGUGGGCACCUACGUCCCAUCACCUCGCCUGAGCCGGUUGAACUUGGGGAGCAUCUCCCUCAAGUACUCGGCAUGUUUCCUGCGCAAGUCCAUCUCCUGGACCUUGCCGCGGCCGCUCCAGAUACGUCGUUCAGCAGAGGGACCGUAUAUGGUGGUGUAGUCGUCGAGCAUCUCAUCUUCUGUCGGUACGACGAGCACUCCUGCUCCAAUGACGCAGUAUGAAGACAUGCGCAGAGUGUGGUGGACACGAGCCCUGGUGCAGACUGUGUUGCAGUUGCCGACGGUGGGCGACUCGACCCUGCAACCGAUCUCGAACAGAUUGUCGUCGCCUAUCCGCAUGACUUCCUUGCGCCUACCACGGGUGAAUUCCCAGGGAGAGAGGGAGGUGGAGGGGGCAAUGGACGGACCGGUUGACGAUGAUCGCACCCUCCUCUAUGAUGCAGCCCGAGCCGAUGACGAUGGGGCCGGCUAUAGCGAAGAUAGUGGCUUUGGGGUGGACAAUCGUUCCGGCACCGAUGGUGAUGUCGCCUUUGAGCUCGACAUCUUGGCAGACGACUGCCUUGGAAUGUAUCGUGAACUUGUCCCGAAUUGGAGGCAUGUGGGACGGACGCGUCGUUGAGGUGAGCAAUCGUGUGCGUUGACAAGACCGGGGUUGCGAAGAAGACCGGUGGACGACGAGUGUUGUGUGCUGAGGGAGGGCGCAGCAGGGAGCCUCGUGGAGGACGAGUGGGAAAUCAGGCAGCUCGGACGGGGCCAGGGUCGGCGUCGUCGCCUGACGGUGGCUGCUGCUUGCCGACUGCUCUCUUCUCUUCACCACCCGAUACCCCCUUCCCCUUCCCCGUCUCCCCGUCCUCCCUUUCGCCCUCCUCUCGGGCCCACGCCCUUCCCCGCCUCCCCGAGCCAUCUCUUUUUCUCUCUCUACGCUCCACGCCCCCUCCGUCCAAACAGCGAUGGCCCCGACAACUCCUGCUCCGCCAGGCCUCACCGAGGCAGCGCGAAACUCGACUACCCACUGGCAAGACGACCUUCAGUCCUUGUUCGAUCACGCAAAGGACCGCUUCGCAGAUGUCGUAUGGGAGCUUCAGUCAGACAGCGGUAGCGGAGUAGAAGAGGUCUGGGGCCACAAAGCUGUCGUGUACGCUCGUGCACCGCCGUCCUUUCAAGCCCGGUAUUUUUCCUUCAAGCCUCCUCCAGCCGCCUCCCCCUUGCCAUAUUCUUCUUCCCCGACUGGCACGCUUCCUGCCCAGUCUGCACUCUCCUUGACUCUUGGCGUCGACUUCUCCUCUCCUUCGCGUUCUCCUUCCCCCUCUCCCUUCCGUGUCACGUCCCCUUCCCCUUCGACUCAUGCUGGUGCUCUCCUCCGUCUUCCAACUAACAUCAACCCAACACUCUUCUCCAAUGAGCUCGAAUACCUGUACACCGGAAAGGGCCUUCUUGGCCACGCUUUCGAGUUCCUUUUCGACGCCGCCGAGAACUCGGAGGAGGGCGAUGGCGAGGAGGCCAGACUAGACAAGCUACGGAAAGACCUCGUGUUCAUGUGGCGAUCGCGACUCUACUCGGACGUUCGCAUCGCCCUUACCGGGACCUUUUCAUCCACUAACCACGAGAGUACUACUGCGAUCUUCUCUUCUCACCGUUUCAUCCUUGUCUCUCGAUCUCCCUACUUCAAUACCCAACUCCUCCAGUGGGCUGCCAAAUCCACUCCUGGCGAGCCCUUGACGCUAAACCUUCCCUCCCCUCCGUUCACACCUGCAUCUCUUCACUUUACGCUCGGAUUCAUCUACACGGGGACACUCAUAUUUUCCCAUCGCACCUUCGACCUCGACACCGCUUUCCACAUCAUGCGAUCGGCCACCUACCUUGGUCUCGACACCCUCUAUGAUGAGAUUCAAGCGCGCAUCGUCCAGGAGAUGAUGCACGGUCUCUUCCAUGCCUUCCUCGAAUUCUCCGAGUACGAGGCCAUCACUGGUGGCAAAUGGGGUACAGGGGGUUGCCGUUGUCGUCAGUGCGCACGCCGCGCCCCGCGCGUGCUCGAAUUCUCCGUAUCUGAGGACGUCAAGAAUCCGCACCUAGAACGUGGCGCUCGUCGUGCACUCGUCGGUCUCUUUGGAGAGGGCUGGUGCACCUCUGAGUUCGCUGCGCUACCCCAGAAGACCCGCGAUAAUCUCCUCAAGGGCUUGGGUAAGCGCACGACACCGAUGAAUGUCUUCGCGCUCCUAGCGGCAUCUCAGUCUGCGCUCAAAAAGCUCGAUACUGUCAUCGAAACCUGGGGCGAGACCGUGCGAGACAUGGUCUUGUCUGCGCGCAAGACGAUCGACGAUGUCGUAUGCUCGCGGGCAGUAGAGUGCUUUGAACAGCCCGAAUGGAUCGAGAUUAUGGAAGCCGACGGUGUCAGGUUUGAGGAUGGCGAAAAGGUCGAGAUGUUACUCGACUCUCUACGCAGGGGGCUCAACGAGAAGAACGCCGCGAUGGCGUACCAGGCUGUCGUCGACUCCGUACUGUUGAGACCCCACCCGGCCGAUCCGGAAGCCGCUUUGUUAUCCUCAACCUCGCACGUUCGCGUGCAGGUCGAGCAAGCGCGCAUGGACAUCGUGCGUUACAUCCGGCGGCGCUGGCUCACCAUGAAACAAGACGAUGGCUUUGCAGGCCUACACAGCUGGGCUGCGCAAGAAAUCGCUCAAGAAUUGGACCUCAAAAACGAAGAUGAGCUCCUGAUGCCGUCGAGCCCAUCCUCGACAGCCAGGGGCGGGAAGCUUACCGUCAGGAAUGGGCCUGCAUCCAAAGCAGAUGAUUCGGAAACCGUUAGUCUGCAUUCGACACGCAGCCUUGCCAAGUCUGUGGCAGGCAGCAGAGAGGUCGCAAACUCCUCCGCUGCGUCGAUCCGCUCAAUCGCGCGCAGCUCGCACUCCACGACCUCACGUCUCACCACUACUACCGUCUCUCGUCGUGUACCGCUCUCGCCGAGCAGCCUUCGGCCGGAUUCGAAACUCACUCCUGCUAGUAACACCCCUUCUAUUUCACGCGUCAGCCUUGCGAGCUCGGAACGAGCAAAGUCUCCCUUGUCUCCCAGUCCAAGCCCAGUCCCUCGAAAUAGCCUUUCGACCGCGAGCGUACGGAAGAGCACUGCGUCGUCCAUACAUUCUACGGCUGCUGUUGAUCGAAUCCCUCGACCCAAGUCCGUGGCCGCCUCAAUCAGAUCUACACGAUCGACUGCUUCGACUAUCCGCAAGGGUGGCGCAGGCCCUUCCACUCCCAGAACGGUGUCCGGUUCCUCUCGAGCUUCAUCCGCUACCACAGCAAGCGAGAACUCCACCGCGUUCGAGACAGCGCGUUCGGAACUCACGCCAAGUAGUGUGGGGAGGACGCGCAAGACGUCUGCAUCAUCCGCGAUGUCGACAUCGAGUGUCCACACAACGGGUGCAAGCACCCCGCGCAUACCUAAGCGUCCGCCGUCGGUGGACUCAAGGACUACACCAUCUGUCCGAGGGAAGCCAAUUGACACCUCCAAGACUGGUCCCGUGGCAAAGCGAACCGCCUCUACCGCAUCCGUGCGCUCGACGAUAUCGACCAAGUCCACGGCUACUCGCAAGUCCACCGCACGAUCGGUGUCGGACGCUCCUGCGUUGCCCUCCAAGUCGUCGACGCCUGCAUCGAAGGCGAAUGGGAAGCCCCUGCCUCCCGAAGACGAGGAGGACGUUGUUGGGACGAUCAAAGCCAAAGCCAAAUCUCCGGCUAUCUCUCAUGAGAAGCAAGCAAGUGUCGUCUCCUCGAGCAGCGUAUCGACGGUCCGGGAGUCUCUCAAGCGAAAGAGCUCAGCUGACACGAUUCGUGAAUCUGCUCCCGCAGCGAAGCAACCCCGCGGCGCGACACUCGAGAUUGGCAUCCCUUGCAUCAUCUCAUCGAAGAAGGCUCGUUUCCGCGCGUAUGCGAGGUAUAUCGGAGAGGUCGAGGGCGAGCUCGGACCUUGGGUGGGCGUCGAAGUCCCGAUGAAUGAUGCUUGGCCAGGAGACAAGCUGGACGGACGCCCGUGGCACGAUGGGACGUGGGGUGGCAUACGCUAUUUCGACAUCGGGGCUGCGUCAGAGUGGGACUUCGGGCAAGACACGAUGGCUCGGAGGCGGAGACAUGAAUGGUCGAGCACGCUCGGAAAGGACGGGAUGAAGGGCAGCCUCAAGCGCGAGGGCGAUCAGCUCGGCAUCGAUCGUUCGAAGAGACUCCGGAGCGUAUCGCCGGCCGUGUCCGACAUGUCCACUUCGGAGUCGCGAGGACUAUUUGUCAGGCCACAGCAGGUGCUGUACGUCGUGGACGCAGUCGGAUCCGAUCUGUGAUAGCGGUCCGGUACUUGGCCAGGUGCUCGCGUUUCUCUUUCGAUUGGCGAAGGCAUGGGAUGCAAUUCCAGAUACCGGUCGUCGGGUUGUGCCAGUGCAUCAUGUCCCCACAUUUGCGUGCCGAUUUUCCUGUAUGAUUCGCGCUUUACUAUGGAAGUUGAGCCAUCGUAUACCAUCGUAUUCUACAAGGCCAUUCAUAGGCAUAGUUGGAGACAGUAGUAGCUUCGCAGGUGCUUCCUUGUAAUGUUCGCGCCAUCCGCCCUUGCUGACUCUCUUGCUUGUAUGCGAAGCACUCACUGGAAUCCUAUAUCGACUACUGCUACGCGUCCUGGAAUGGGAGGGUUAUG